GGGCCAUUGCCUCUCUAUGAUUUUAGAUAUCUACUUUAUUUUGUAAAAAUGUAAACUAGAUAUACCGUGGCGUAACUAAAUCAUAUCUAGGAUUCAAUCUGCUAUCUCCAUCCUAAAAAAAAAAAAGCUAAUAAGAUGAGACAACUUGCGAGCUAUUUGAGAUCGAUGAGUUCACAACUUCAAAUGCUAAGUAUUCGAGUUAACCAAGAGUGCAAGACUCGAACUUACCUCUAUCUUUUGCAUCCCUCGACAGAUUUACAAGGAGCUCAAAUUGGUUGUAUAUCUCCUCCAGGUGUACAAGAGCAAAAUUUGUAUCAACCACCAGGUUUUGCAUUUGGCUUAGGCGAAUAGAUGAUCUAAACUGAUGUACUCAAAUUCCAUAACAUAUAAUUUCUCCCAUUUAUCUUCUCUCCUACAAGGUCAUCUCAAACAAUGUCACCUUCUCCAAAUCCAUGCCCGAAUCAUUUCUUUAGGUGCUCAUCAAGACAAUCUAAUAGCAACCAGACUUAUUGGUCGCUACCCAUUUCAGACAGCGCUGCGUGUGUUUGAUCAAUUACAAAAUCCGAAAAUAUUUCCUUUCAAUGCCAUAAUCAGAAACUUAGCUGAAGAAAAAGGCCAAAUCUCCCUUACUGUUUCUUUUUUUAAACACUUAAAACAGCUUUCACUUUUUCCUAAUGAUUUUACCUUCUCUGUCCUCCUUAAAGCCUGCACACACUCUAGCAAUGCAUACUAUGUGAAACAAGUCCAUACCCAGAUCGUAAAAGUUGGCUUUACGGGUGAUUCUGGUGUUUGCAAUGGCCUUCUUGCUGCUUAUGUAAAGGGUAUUAAAGAUAUUUCUUCAGCUCACAAGGUGUUUGAUGAAAUGCCUGAGAAAAGUUUGGUUUUUUCUUGGACUUGUUUGAUUGAUGGUUAUGCUAAGUGUGGUCUAUCUGAGAAAGCUUUACAGGUGUUUCUUCUGAUGGUUAAGGGAAAGGUAACCCCGGAAAAUGCAACCAUGGUUAGUGUUCUAUCUGCAUGUGCAAAGCUUGAUAUUGGUGAAUUGGGUAACUGGAUAGGGAUUUUUACAGACACUAUUAGGGACUAUGGUCUGGUCGGUUCUUCUAGUGAUGCAGUAAACAUGGUGCUCACUUAUUUGUAUGGCAAAUGGGGGAAAGCAGACAAAAGUAGAGAAGCUUUUGACAGAAUUGGUGAUCAUGGUAAAAGAAGUGUGGUAGCAUGGAAUGCUAUUAUUGGUGCCUAUGUUCAAAAUGGUUGUGCCUUAGAGGCUUUGAGCAUUUUUAGGGUGAUGAUGGAUGAUCCGUAUGCGAGUCCAAACCAUGUUACAAUGGUAAGUGUUCUCUCAGCUUGCUCUCAAGUAGGUGAUAUCGACCUUGGUAUAUGGGUGCAUGAAUACAUGAAAUCUAGAGGACGGGAAAACGUAUUAUGUACAAACUCGUUCCUGGCAACUGCUAUGAUUGACAUGUAUUGUAAAUGUGGUGAUUUGAUCAGGGCAAAAAAGGUUUUUAAUUCUCUGCUUUCGAAGGAUGUUAUAUCAUAUAGUGUCAUGAUUAUGGGUGUGGCAUUAAAUGGUGAAGGACAUGAAGCCUUGAAACUUUUUCAUGAAAUGCUGGAUUGUGGGUUGCGUCCCAAUGGUGGAACAUUUCUUGGUGUCCUAUGUGCAUGUUGUCACUCAGGGCUGUUAAAUGUAGGGCGCCAAAUUUUUCUUGAUAUGAGAACAAAAUUUUCUGUCUCACCUCAAUUGGAGCACUAUGCUUGCUACAUCGACCUUCUGGCUCGAGUUGGCCGUAUUGAGGAAGCCCUUGAUGUUGCCAAAUCCAUGCCCUUUGAACCUAAUAAUUUUGUUUGGGGUGCUUUGCUGGGAGGUUGCUCGCUUCACUUUAGAGGAAAGCUUACUCAAGACAUAUCUAAAAGACUGAUUGAAGUGGAUCCGCAAAAUUCUGCUGGCUAUAUUAUGCUAUCCAAUGUGUUGGCUAGUGAACAAGAGUGGGGUGAAGUUUCAGGCCUAAGGCGGUUCAUGAAGGAGAAGGGGGUGAAAAAGCACCGAGGUUGUAGUUGGAUCAGCAUUGAUGGACUUGUGCAUGAAUUUUUGGCAGGACCCUGUUCACAUCCUCAAGUUUCAAGCAUCAGUGGCAUGCUUGGUUCCCUUUUGAAAAAUAUCAAGUUGGCAAAUUAACUAUUAAUGCAUUAUGCAUGAGCUCUGGGCCUCUGGCAUGUUGCUUAAUAUUUGCAGUUAUGUUGCACAUAAUAUCCGUUGCAGCAAUAAACAAUGCAACUAGUUUCAAAGGUACAAACACUUCUUUCCCCCACAAUGAGCUUCGUAGCUUUCUGUUGUUUAGAAAGUGCUCUUUUAAAAUUCCAUGUAUCAAAAAUGAGAAAUCCACAUCACCUACUUGAAUGCAAGCUGAAGUACAGCUGCUAGUUGCCACUGUUUCUAUUUCUUGGCUUGGCCCAACAACGAAAUUUCGUAACACUCGCAAUCAUGUUUAUCCUAAUAUUAUGACGUACAACCUUGUAAAUGCGUGUUCUUAGUUUAAGAAGUAUACUUUUUGUUAGAACUUGUAAUAGGGUGAAGAAGAUGAAUACUAUGAAUAACGAAUCUUCUAGGCGUGUGUAGACACUUUCCCAAAAGUGAUAUUCCGACCCUAUACGAAGCACGGGUUGCACGGAAUUCAAAUUCGAGAUACAAAGAAGAACAACAAGAGUCACGCUCGUAUGAAUCUUGUUAAAAAUGAAAAUAAGUUUUUUAUGAUUUUGUCUUUGAUGAACAAUGAAAAGUUAUACUUUAGAGAGAGUGCUUUUGAGAGAAUAAUAUUCUGAAGAACUACCCAUUCAUCUGUGGUAAA